CACUGCUAACGGUAAAAAUCGAUAAUGCAGAAAUAGCGGGCGAAGAAAAUGUUUACAAAAUGCAUUAGUUUCUGUGGUCUUGCUUUUAUCUCCGUUUUCUUCACCUGCCUUAUAGUCGAGAACUGCGUGGCCCUACAAAAGACGCUGCGCCACUACGAGAUAUUUCACAAGGACGAUGUGGUGCAUAGGGUGGUCAAAAGGGGUGCUAAGCACAGCACGAAUCCCUUUAACAUUAUCAAGGAGGUAGAAUUUACUACGCUAGGAAAGAACUUCCGGCUUAUUUUGCAUCCACAUAGGGAUGUUCUGCAUAGUAAAUUCAGGGCUUAUGCGGUGGAUGCGGAUGGAAAUGAAACGGUGGUGCAUAUGGAUCACGAUAGCUUCUACUCGGGUAGAGUGUUUGGCGAGUUGGAGUCCUCCGUGCGGGCUCAUAUCGAAGACGGUACUAUGACCAUGUCCAUCCAUUUGCCAGAGGAAACCUAUCACAUCGAGCCCUCCUGGCGGCAUCUUCCCGAAGCCAAGAAGGACACUAUGGUGGCCUACAAGGCCUCGGAUGUAAAGGUGCAUAAAAACGAGGAAGGUGCAAGCCCAAAAACCUGUGGUUAUAUCAAGGAGGGACUUGAAUUGGAGGACAAGGAGCAAGGGGAUACCCUGGAUAAUGAGCUGCAUACAAGGGAGAAGCGUCAGUCCGAUCAAUAUGAAUACACGCCCACCAAGACCCGAUGUCCUUUGCUCCUAGUGGCAGAUUAUCGAUUCUUUCAAGAAAUGGGCGGCGGCAAUACUAAGACCACUAUUAACUACUUGAUAAGCCUUAUAGACCGGGUGCAUAAGAUCUACAACGACACUGUAUGGCAGGAUCGAUCGGAUCAGGAGGGAUUUAAGGGAAUGGGCUUCGUCAUCAAGAAGAUUGUGGUGCACUCAGAACCUACGAGAUUGCGAGGCGGCGAAGCUCACUACAACAUGAUCCGGGAGAAGUGGGAUGUGCGCAAUCUCCUGGAGGUCUUCUCCCGGGAGUACAGCCACAAAGAUUUUUGUCUAGCCCAUCUCUUUACCGAUCUCAAGUUCGAAGGCGGCAUUUUGGGCUUGGCUUACGUGGGCUCUCCGCGUCGCAACUCAGUGGGCGGCAUUUGCACUCCAGAAUACUUCAAAAAUGGUUACACACUGUAUUUGAACUCGGGUCUAAGUAGCUCCCGCAACCACUAUGGACAGCGGGUUAUUACCAGAGAGGCGGAUCUGGUCACGGCCCAUGAGUUUGGGCACAACUGGGGCUCCGAGCACGACCCUGACAUUCCCGAGUGCUCACCCAGUGCCUCGCAAGGCGGCAGUUUCCUCAUGUACACGUAUUCUGUCAGUGGCUAUGACGUGAAUAACAAGAAAUUUUCUCCCUGCUCUCUUCGUUCCAUCCGAAAAGUGCUCCAGGCCAAGUCGGGGAGGUGUUUCUCAGAGCCGGAAGAGUCCUUCUGCGGCAAUCUGCGAGUUGAAGGCGAUGAACAGUGCGAUGCUGGCCUUCUGGGCACCGAGGACAAUGAUUCUUGCUGCGACAAAAACUGCAAGCUGCGCCGGAAUCAAGGAGCCAUGUGCAGCGACAAGAACUCUCCGUGCUGCCAGAACUGCCAAUUUAUGGCUUCCGGGAUGAAGUGCCGCGAAGCUCAGUACGCCACCUGUGAGCAGGAGGCUCGUUGCACUGGCGCCCACGCCGAGUGUCCCAAGUCCCCGGCCAUGGCGGAUGGAACCACCUGUCAGGAGCGCGGUCAGUGCAGAAAUGGCAAGUGUGUGCCGUAUUGUGAAACCCAGGGUCUGCAGAGCUGCAUGUGUGACAUCAUCGCGGAUGCCUGUAAGCGUUGCUGUCGCAUGAGCAUAAAUGAGACCUGCUUUCCGGUGGAACCACCAGAUGUCCUUCCUGAUGGCACACCCUGCAUUACAGGAUUCUGCAAUAAGGGUGUCUGCGAGAAGACAAUACAGGAUGUGGUAGAGCGGUUCUGGGACAUCAUAGAAGAGAUAAAUGUGGCCAAAACGCUGCGAUUUCUCAAGGACAACAUUGUCAUGGCAGUUGUUCUUGUCACUGCAGUCUUUUGGAUACCCAUCAGUUGUGUAAUUUCUUACUUUGAUCGCAAGAAACUGCGCCACGAGAUGAAGCUAAUUGAAUGGAGCCAGAAACUGGACCUUAUACAUCCUAGUGAUGAACGGCGUCGAGUGAUUCAUAUUCGAGUACCACGACAGAAAAUCUCGGUUGCCCGAGCCUGUAACUAGCACAAAUUACCCGGCGGGUUCCUUUUUUAAAUCUUCCGAAAGUAUUCUUCUCAAAACUGCCAC